AUGUCUGCAGAAUUGAGUGAGGAUUCAGUAUUGAUUUCUCCCACUCUAACUGAAAAAGAGAAUAUUUUAAGAGUGAAGAUAGAGGAGGACCACACCUAUGGACAGGGAUCUAGUGUCCACUGGAACAACUGCCAUGGUCCAGACAUUUUUCGCCAACAGUUCAGGCAGUUUGGUUACCAGGAUUCCCCGGGACCCCGUGAAGCCCUAAGCCAACUCCGUCAGCUUUGUCGUCUCUGGCUUAGACCAGAGAGACAUACAAAGGAGCAGAUCCUAGAGCUAUUGGUUUUGGAGCAGUUCCUGACCAUCUUGCCCAAAGAGCUCCAGACCUGGGUUCGAGAGCAUCAUCCAGAAAAUGGAGAAGAGGCAGUGACCAUUCUGGAAGAUCUGGAAAGAGAGCUUGAUGAACCAGGACAUCAGGUCUCAUUCAGUGGUCGAGCACAAGAAGAUCUUGUAGAAGAGAUGGAACCUCAGGAAACAACUGAGGAGUCAUCAAAUAUACAUCCCCUACCCAUGGAGAAUGAGCUUAAAUGGGAAGCCUGGGAGUUCCACUCUCUAAGACACAGUGAUGGUGAUCCUCAGACUGAGAAUGGGAAAUCCCUUUCAAAUCAGGAGAUUUAUUCAGGCAUAGAACCACAGGAUGAUAUUUCUGGCACCCUUAAUAUAGAUGUUGCUCAGAUUUUCAAAUAUGGAGAAAUCUAUCAGCGUGAGGGUAGAUUUGAAAGAAAGCAGGGAAACCCCUCUCGUAAAAAACAGCAUAAAUGUGAUGAAUGUGGCAAACUCUUCAGUCAGAGUUCAGCCCUUAUUCUACAUCAGAGAAUCCACAGUGGGGAGAAACCCUAUGAAUGUGAUGAAUGUGGAAAAGCCUUCAGCCGGAGUUCAAUCCUUAUUCAACAUCAGAGAAUUCACACAGGAGAAAAACCAUAUAAAUGUCAUGAAUGUGGGAAAGCUUUCAGUCAGAAUUCUGGGCUUAUUAAUCAUCAAAGAAUCCAUACUGGGGAAAAACCAUAUGAAUGUAGUGAAUGUGGGAAAGCUUAUAGUCAAAGCUCAAAUCUUUUUAGGCAUCAGCGAAGACAUAGUGGAGAAAAAAUCCUAUCAAUGUGUAAAAAUAUUCUUUGAGAGCUUAGGCCUUUUUUCAUCA